UGUGUCGAUGGUUGAAUGUGGAGAGAGAGGCAGGCAGGUUACACGGCUGGCUCUGUUCAAAGACACACAGGUUAUUUGCACCUGCAUGAGCUUGGUUUUAGAGAGAGCGGGCUUUAAGGUCGUACGGGAAUAGGAUAAACAGCCUGAGGAAUCGUUUGCCACAUCAGUAUGGAUCUUCCAGUGUGGGCGUAUCUCUCAGAUGACUGACCAUCGUGAGGCAUGGACCUUCACCAGGAUCAGCCUUGUUAAGUCUACAAACCCAAACCCAUCUAUCAUGAACCACAGCCAGUGCUGGCCAUGAGACUCAACACCUCCUGAUCUCUCCCCACAUACACACACACACACACACACACACUUACACAGACACACACACAAACACACACUGACCAUGGCCUCCAUAUACUGGAAGCUGUCCUCGCAGAAGCUGGGCUUCUUCCUGGUGAGCUUUGGCUUCAUAUGGGGCAUGAUGCUGCUGCACUUCACCAUCCAGCAGAGGACGACGCACGAGAGCAGCGCACAGCUCCGCAUGCAGAUCCUGGACCUGAGCAAGCGCUACAUCAAAGCACUGGCUGAGGAGAACCAGGGAGUGAUGGACGGACCUUACGUGGGCACCAUGACUGCAUACGACUUGAAGAAAACUCUGGCUGUGCUGCUGGACAACAUCAUGCUAAGACUUUCCAAGCUGGAGUCCAAGGUGGACAUCAUCAUCUACAACGGCUCGGCCACCAACCUGACCAAUGGCACGGCGACACCUGCCCCCAGCACCACCAACGCUGAGAAGGUCAACGUAGCAGAUCUGCUGAAUGGAGCACAGGAGAAGUGUGAGCUGCCUCAGCUUGAUGGCUUCCCGCACUGUGAAGGCAAAUUGAAGUGGAUGAAGGACAUGUGGCGUUCUGAUGCCUGUUACGGAAACUACGGAGUGGACGGCUCCACCUGCUCCUUCUUCAUCUACCUGAGUGAGGUGGAGAACUGGUGCCCUCGACUACCCUGGAGGACCACGAACGUUAACGAUGACUCUGACAAAAAGGGACAGUCUGAGUACCGUACGAGUCUGGAGGAGCUGUAUCGUAUGAUGUCCAGGCGGGAGGAGUUCCGCUGGAUGAUGCUGAGGAUAAAGCGGAUGGAGGAACCGUGGGUCAGCGCCAUCCGCUCACUCGCCACCAAGCAGGACCUCCAGAGGCGCAAGCGCAAGAAGAUCCUCGUUCAUCUGGGUCUGCUGACGAAGGAGUCUGGCUUUAAGAUAGCGGAGAACGCGUUCAGCGGGGGUCCGCUGGGGGAGCUGGUGCAGUGGAGUGACCUCAUCACCACCCUGUACCUCCUGGGCCACGACAUCCGCAUCUCUGCCUCCAUCGCUGAGCUCAAAGAGAUCAUGCGUAAGGUGAUGGGGAAUAAGUCCAGCUGUCCCACACAGGGUGAUAAGGUGGUGGAGCUCAUCUACAUAGACAUUGUGGGCCUGUCUCAGUUUAAGAAGACGUUGGGACCAUCCUGGGUGCAUUACCAGUGUAUGCUGCGAGUGCUGGAUUCGUUUGGGACGGAGCCCGAGUUUAACCACGCCCACUACGCCCAGUCCAAAGGCCAUAAGACUCCGUGGGGCAAAUGGAACCUCAAUCCCCAGCAGUUCAACACCAUGUUCCCUCACACUCCAGAUAACAGUUUCCUGGGCUUUGUGGUGGAGCAGCACCUGAACGCCAGCGACAUCAGACACAUCGAUGACAUCAAGCGGCAGAACCAGUCUCUUGUCUAUGGGAAAGUGGAUAACUUCUGGAAGGACAAGAAGAAGUAUCUGGACAUCAUCCAUUCAUACACAGAGGUUCACGGCACAGUCCACGGCACCAGCACUGUCCACCUUCCACCAUACGUCAAAAACCACGGCAUCCUCAGCGGCCGAGACCUGCAGUUUCUACUGAGAGAGACUAAGUUGUUUGUGGGACUGUCCUUCCCUUAUGAAGGCCCUGCCCCGCUGGAGGCAAUAGCCAAUGGUUGUGCGUUCUUGAAUCCUAAGUUCCACCCACCCAAAAGCAGCAAGAACACAGAUUUCUUCAAGGGCAAGCCCACUCUGCGAGAGUUGACCUCCCAGCACCCGUAUGCUGAGGUGUAUAUUGGGCAACCUCACGUCUGGACUGUGGACAUAGACGACCCUGCAGAAGUGGAGAGGGCUAUAAGAGCCAUCCUGAGCCAGAAGAUUGAACCUUAUCUACCAUACGAGUUCACCUGUGAGGGGAUGCUGCAGAGAGUCAACGCCUUCAUAGAAAACCAGGAUUUCUGUCACGGUCAGGUGAUGUGGCCUCCGCUCAGCGCUCUGCAGGUUAAACUGGCACCAGUGGGGAAAUCCUGUAAACAGGUGUGUCAGGAAGAGCAGCUCAUCUGUGAGCCAUCCUUCUUCCAGCACCUCAACAAGGACAAGGACCUGGCCAGGUUUGGUGUGGAGUGUAAGACGGUGGAGAGCGUUGGCGACAUCGUGGUUCCAGCGUUCAGCGCCUCUGCGCGUCACUGUGUGCUGCAGUCUGACCUGCUGCUCUUCAGCUGCGCAGGAGCGCAUCACUCUUUACAGCGCAUCUGCCCCUGCAGAGACUAUAUGAAGGGCCAGGUCGCACUUUGCAAAGGCAAAGGCUGCUUAUAACACACACACACAAAAACUUAUACACAUGCACACACAUAUACACACACACACACUUUAACAGACUUACAUUAAUGUUCAUACAUACACACUCCUCCCCUCUCUGUGUGGAUUACAGUGGACUACAGCUGUGGUGCAGCUCCUUUGGUCUCCAUCUUUUUAGUUUGUAUGUGUGUGUCUCUCUGUGUGUGUGUGUGUGUGUGUGUGUAUGUAUGUGUGUGUACAGAUUCUGAGGCGUGAGAGAGGUGUGUACAUGAUUUCCAGUCUGAAUCCCCCUCCCCUCUUUCUUGUUGUCUUCUGUACCACAUCAGUGUGAUGCUGCCUGUGCCACAGGGACAGCCGGAGCCCGACUGGCCGCAGACGGUCAAAGGACAUUCCAGCUGUCCCUUUACUUCACGUGUUUGUGUGUGUGUAUGUAUGUAUGUAUGUAUGUAUGUGUGUGUGUGUAUGUAUGUGUGUGUGUGUGUGUGUGUGUGUGUGUGUGUGUGUGUGUGUGUGUGUUUUCACAUACAAUGUGGGGAUUUUUGCUGCCUAAAGACUACUAACUCCAGCUAAACGGAGACGAGCAAGCAAAAUCAUAAGACUGAAUUCAGGCCGGAAAUUGAAGAACUUCUACCUUUCUAGCCACGCCCACAAAGAAAAAGGGGAGGGGACAUAUUGCACCUACUGUAAAACAAACAAACAAACGAAUGAAGAACUGUAGAAAUGAACACACACAUGCACAAACACCUUCUGAAAGCUGAUACGACGCUCCCGACGAGGACUGUCUGGAUUUCUGACUGAACGAUUUCAGCUUUUCGGAAGCAUCUCAUCCGCCGACGCUCUGAACGACGAGAAAGAAACGAGAGAAGAAAAAGAAAAGCGAGCGAGAGAAACGAAGAGAGGAGAGACUAGACAAGUGCUGGACUUAUUAUAUAUUUUUUCUUUCUUUCAUUUAUUAUUAUUAUUUUUUGGUUUCCAAACCUCGAUGUGACUCUUGAGAACCCGUACCGUGGCUGGAUUGGUGGGUUCUCACAUGGCCUGAAAUACUUGAAGAGGAGUGCAGGGAAUCAGAACUCUUCACUGCCCCCUGCCUGUGUUGUGAUGCUACUGCAGUGCUGCAUUACGUUCUUCUUGUUUUCUUCUGUUUUCUUCUCAGUUUUCUUCUUUUUUCCAUCCCAGCUCUCCUCUCUUCGUCUUUUUCGUCUCUCUCUCUCUCUCUCUCUCUCUCUCUCUCCCUCGUUCUCUUUCUCCAGCUUGCCUGCAUCAUGGGACCAACCUGACUGGACCGAUUGGCAGGAACUCUUAAGGAAUUUUUAAGGCUCCGUCGGAGUCCGGACCCCCACUUCCCCCCUUUACCCUUACGAAACGCUUCACACGGAGCGUGUGCAUCUACGAGGACGAGGACGAGGAUUCUGUGGUGAAGGAUUCUCUGCUUUUUCACUGAAACUACUGGCUCUUCUGUUCAGGCCUGCCUGAAGAGAGAGGGGCGUCCAAAUGUGUAGAUACUAGUUUUGAUUGAAUAUGUAUAGAGGUGUUACAGCGCUUAAUGCUCAAACACAUAUACAAGCACACACACACACACACACACACAGAUACACUUGAGGGAAUACUCCAGAACGUUUCAUCCUAAUAAUCUAUAGCCUCUUUUCCACUGCAGGCCGAGCCAGACUGUUCCACUUUCCAUUUGCUGGGUUGCUUCUUCAAGUUUUAAGUCAGUGGCAGUUGGAUGUUUUGGAGGGGAUUCUAGCUUAAAUACAAGCUGGAGAACUGUGUUUUUUUUUCUCUUCUAAUUUUUCCCCAUUUUCUCCCCUAAUUUUGCACAGCCAAUUACCCAACGCACUCAUCAGGACUCCCCCUAUUACUAGUGAUGCCCCGACACACCAGGAGGGUGAAGACUAACACAUGCUUCCUCCGAUACAUGUGAAGCCAGCUGCUGCUUCUUUUCGAGAAAACUGUGUUUUCGCAUCACUACUGUGGUGUUUAUUCAUGGCGACCAGGCUUGACCCACAUUACUAAUGCAGCCCUAGCAUGCUGGUGACCAGGCUUGUUCCAUAUUGAAAAUAUGAUGUUAGCAUGCUGGUGUACAGGUUCUCUUGUGCCAUUAAGGCCGUUUUCACACCUGUAAUUAAUUUCACUGGUAGAAUUUGUUCACUUUUUCCCCCUCUGUUUGGUUUGUUUUCACACGGGCAAAAACCUAAACGCACCAAAAUGUGACCCCACAAACCACGCGAGCACAAUGUCUUCUCUGAUUGGUCAGAGCUGUCUGGUGUUGGAGCAACAAAGUAAAUACAGAAAGAAGGUUCUGUGCUCCAGACCAGCGCAUAUAUGUGUUUGUGUGUAAAGCUGUUUAGCGUGAGCAGGGAGUGCUGCACAUUCAACAUUAAGCUUAACAUGGAGCAGCAGCAAAGACUGCUUAUAUCUGAGGUAAUAAUGUUUGUAAUUAAGCAAGUUAGACUGCACCUGAAAAGCUCUUAUCUUAAAUGUGAGAAGUAUAUUUGAUAGUUUGGUCUGAUCAAGACUGGAUCACGUUCUAAUCAGAAACGAAACUCUCCCGAGUUCUUUCAUCGCUAAAGCUGUGUUAGCAUGCCAGCGACAGGGUUCAUUUAAGAUGAAUUCUAGCUUUUGUUUAGCUGGUUCAAUAUCACUAACAUGGCGUUCACUAUUACACUGUUAGAAUGUCAGAGAUAAGGCUUGUCCCAUGUUGCCGGUAAAGCAGCAUUAUCAUAGCCUGGCUAGCCAAUUUUAGCCCUCCCACUGAACACUUCUGUGGCUCUAAUUAUGGCUAAUUAACUAACUAUCCAUGCCUAGAAAACUGAUCCCAGCAACAAUGCUUGUCCCACAUCACCGCUAAAGCAGCAUUAGCUUAGCCUGAUUAGCCAAUUUUAGCAUUUCUACUAAACACAUCUGUGGCUCUAAUUAUGGCUAAUUAACUUACUAACCAUGCAGAAUGGAUAAAAACCAGACUGGACUGUUUUGGCCCUGCAGUGGAAAACAAGGCCUCUAUUUGCUGCAUCUGCGUUUGCUAUCCUGGUUAGUCUGGGUGAUCAUAUUUUUGUC